UCCCAAUCAACAUGAACACCAACAUGGAGCCUAUGAUAGCUGAUGACUUGUGUUUGUGCUCCAAUUUUGUGUGCAAGAAUCAUGAUCUUGAAAAGAAGGGAGAAAGCCUACCUCUUCAAGAUGGCAACAACAAAGAAAGUACAACUAGUAGUGCAGCAAGUAUUCCAUCUUCUGGUCGCCUCACACUUGAGCAACUGAUCAAGUAUGAAUGCAUGCAUGGGCAUGAAUUAGUUGGCUAUCAUUCUUUGGAUUCCGCAAAGAUCAGAAAGAUCAUAGCCAAUCGGCUAUCUGCGCAAAGAUGUAGAAAUAAAAAGGUUCAGCACCUCCGGGAAAUGGAAAAGAAGGUGAACGAUCUUCAGGUUAUUGUAUCAUUACUUUACCCAGAAAUAGAACAUUACAAGGAGAAACAGAAUGUGCUGAUGGUGCAGAACUCAUUAUUGCAUCAAAGUUUGAAUAGCUUCACUCGAAAGUCUGAGCUUCUUAAAGUGGAAAUUGAAGCUAUGCAAGUUGAGGCGUAUAGACUUAGAGAGCUUUACGAGGCCCAGAAGAAGCAGGAGAAAUUUAUUGGGAAAGAAGAGGAGGAGGUGCCGCAGGACAUGUGGGGAAUGACUGAUCAGCAUUGGAGUUCCAUCUGAGAUUAAACCAUAUUCAGUCCAUUUAAUCAAUUCAACAGCUUUUGCAGAUCUGUUAUUAGCUUCAUUUAUAUGGAAU